CAAUCACCUGGUUGGAUAUAGUUUCCAUGACACCCAAACAAUCCAUUGAGGCAUUGACAGCUCUUAUCUCCUUCCAUUAUUCCGUUUCAUUCGCCAAGCUCGCCGUCCCCUUUUUUUUCAAAAAAUAUUACUACUUAAAUUAUAUAACGUACGGAGUAGCGUUUGGUCUGACGUUGAAAGCUCAAUUUUCUUUCCGCCCUCACCUACCCAAAUUUCCCUCGCAUUUGCCGUUUGGUGAGAGAGAAAACGAAACACAGAAAAUAGAGAGAGAAAAUGACGAAAUCAAAGAGGGAUAGAAAUAACCUACUAGCCCUCACCGGAGCUGCUGCUCUGCUCGCGAUAGCCGUCAACUUCGCCAUCACUGCAAUCAAUGCCCAAAAGAAGAAGCACAAGAAGAAGGAUCUUUCGGGGUCUAAUGUUCUUGUCAAUCUCUCCGCCUCUGAAAUACAUAAAUUAGCGGACCGCAUCAUCGGCAAAUCGAAGGAGGUUCAUGACGCAGUUGCUUCAAUUCCCCUCGACAAGAUCACAUAUAAGAAUGUUAUAUUACCAUUGGCAGAAUUGGAAGCACAACAAUUCCCGCUGGUCCAAUCUUGUGUCUUCCCAAAGUUGGUGUCCACUUCGGAAGAUGUGCGCAAAGCAAGUGUUGCUUCUGAACGGAGAAUAGAUGCUCAUGUUUCAAUAUGCAGUAAACGUGAAGAUGUGUACCGUGUUGUCAAAGCUUUUGUUGCAAGGGGAGAAUGGAUGAGCCCUGAAGCUAAACAUUAUACUCAGUGUCUGGUUAGAGACUUUGAACGCAAUGGAUUGAAUCUUACCUUAACCAAGAGAGAGGAAUUGCAGCGGUUGAAGGCUCAAAUAGAUGAGCUAAGUAUGCGAUAUAUCCGAAAUCUGAAUGAUGACAGUACAUCUCUUCUUUUCAAUGAGACAGAGCUACUUGGAUUACCACCAGAGUUUCUGAAGAGCUUAGAAAAAGCUCGAACUGGUAAAUUCAAGGUCACCUUGAGAAGUCAUCAUGUUUCACCUGUGCUUGAGCUCUGUAAGGUAGGAUUAACAAGGCGGGUUGUAGCUGUCUCCUAUGGGCGGAGAUGUGAAGUCAAUCUUUCUGUCUUAGAAAGUCUGGUAAAAUUGCGCCAUAAAUUUGCUAGAUUGCUUGGCUACUCAAACUAUGCAGAUUAUGCUGUUGAUCUUAGAAUGGCAAAGUCAUCCUCAAAGGUAUUUGAGUUCUUAGAGGACAUCUCUGCUGGUUUAACUGACUCCGCGUCUAAAGAAUUUACUAUAUUGAAAGACUUGAAGAAGAAAGAGGAAGGGGAUUUUCCCUUUGGGAUUGAGGAUCUACCAUACUAUGUGAAGAGGGCUGAGGAACAACAGUUUGAUCUGGACUUUGCAGCUGUUAAGCAGUACUUUCCUGUCAAUCUGGUUCUGUCUGGGAUCUUCAAAAUAUGUCAAGACCUUUUCUGCUUCCGAAUUGAGGAAGUUGCAGAUGCAGAGGUUUGGCACUGUGAUGUGCACCUUUAUUCGGUUUUUGACUUAAGUUCUAGUGAACUUUUGGGUCAUUUCUACCUUGAUAUGUACUCCAGGGAUGGAAAAUAUGGUCACACCUGCGUUGUGGCUCUUCAAAAUGGUUCAUUCGUCAAUAGUGCCAGACAGAUUCCCGUGGCAUUACUUAUUUCCCAGUUCCAAAAGGAAGUUGAUGGUCAUCCUGGGUUAUUACGAUUCUCUGAAGUGGUUAAUCUUUUUCAUGAGUUUGGCCAUGUGGUUCAUCAUAUUUGCAAUAAUGCAUCAUUUCCUAAAUUUUCUGGGUUACGACUUGAUCCUGACUUCGUGGAGAUCCCUGCACAGAUGUUAGAAAACUGGUGCUAUGAAAGCCUUUCUCUAAAGUUGUUAUCUGGUUUCCAUCAGGAUAUCACGAAGCCCAUCAAGGAUGAAAUAUGUAAAGCCUUGAAAAGGUGGCGAUGUUCUUUUUCAGCGCUUAAAUUGAAGCAAGAAAUUCUUUACUGUCUUUUUGAUCAGAUCAUACAUUCCACCGAAAAUGUUGACAUGGUUGGGUUAUUCAAGCAUCUCCAUCAAAAGGUAAUGUUGGGAUUGCCAAUGUUAGAAGGAACCAAUCCAGCUUCAUGUUUUCUACGUAGUGCUAUUGGCUAUGAAGCUGCUUGCUACAGUCGCAUUUGGAGUGAGGUUUUUGCUGCUGAUAUAUUUGCUUCAAAGUUUCGUGAUGAUCUUUUCAAUCAGUAUGCAGGCAUGCAAUUCAGGAAAAAGGUGUUGGCUCCUGGAGGAGCAAAGGAUCCUGUAGAGAUUCUGACGGAUUUUCUAGGAAGAGAACCAUCAAUCCAAGCUUUUAUCGAUGACAAAGCUGCAUUUGGUUUGUAAUGAUAAUCAUUGGAAAUUUUAAUGAUUUUUUUUUUUUUUUUUUUAAUUCUUUUAUUUCUUGUAGAAAGAAACCCUUGAUGCUAAAAACAGUGGCAGUAACUUUUAUUCAUCAUUGUAAUGGAUCUCCUUUUUGUAAUCAAUUUAGUUGCAGUAAAA